GACUUUGUCCUGUGAACUUCGACGCGCUGGAAGGUUCUGCGAAGUUUCCGCAUUUCCCUUGCUGGUGUGGGUGCGACGUGUUUUGUGAGUGCGCGUGUGUGUGUCUGUGAGAGGGCGCCAACUUUUCGGUGAGACUUUAACCACCAGCAAACAACAACAAAGCAGAAACAUUGACAAAAAAGCAAGAAAGGCGGAAAGGACGAAGGACACAGCCUGCGGUCAGGGAAACCGCAAUCAAAAAUUGUAAACAAAAACUGGAAAUCGAGCGAAAUCAACAAAGGAAGACGACACCGCUCUGUAGGCAACGAUUCCGCUGCUAGCCAACAUGGAAAUGGACGUCAAUCGCCCGACCGGCCGCCAUGGCAACCUAAUGACCAUAUCCGCCCGCUGCUCCAACAACAAUGCAGCCGAAGCCGGAGCCGGAGUUGGAGCCACCAGGACUCCGGCCGCCGGAAGUGAGGCGCCGCCCAGCGGCUGCUGCGGCAUCUUGGGCCGCCUCCUCUGCGUGAGUCGCCACAAGGCCACGCAAUCGGUGGCGGGCAGCGAUCCCUUCUCCCAGCUGCAGCUGCAGCGCAAGGGAGUCGCCACACCCGCUGCCGUUUCCGGACAGCGACGCCGCCGGACGCCGCAGGAAAUCUACUUCGAGAGUCGCGGCAAGUCCUGCAAGAAGCUGCUGAAAUUCAAUGGCAAUUCCAACAAGAUACUACUGUAUCCCGAGGAGGGCUGGGCGAGGACCGCCUCAUCCAGUUACUGGACCAUCACGCCCUGCUUCUGGCAGCCCAAUCGCUGCCGCAUCGUCGAGUGCUCCGGAACCCAGCGGCGCGCGACGAAAGCCCGGAUGCUGCCGCUGGAGCAGCAGGGAUCCCUCCUGAUUGCCGGACACUUUCGCCGGACGACGGCGGGGGGCGGAGGAGCUGCAUCGCCGGCGGGGCGCGGGGCAGCGGGCAACGGGUCGGUGGCUGCCACGCCCACGCCCGCAAUACCUGCCGAUGCAAUCCGGACGGGGUCAACGGGCUGUGACAAGUCGCAGCCCGCGUGGAACGACGAGUUCAAGCUGUAUCUGACGUCGAACAUCUCGAUGGAGGACUACAACAUGGGCUACUGCCUCACCGGAUUCGUGGAGCGCCGCUGCCAGGUGACCAACACCUUCCAGAUGACUCACUUUGCGGUCAUCAAGCGCCAGUGGCCACCGUCGCCGUCCAACCUGGGCAACUCCUAAGGCCCCUGCAUCCCACUUUUGUAAUUGUGAUCUUACCUUUUGUUCCCAAUUGGAAACGAAAUGAAAUUAACUGAGGGACUGUGCGUGUUUUCACUUUUAGAGAAUUUGCUGAAUAUUUGAAUAUUUUCCAGAACUUAAUAUGACAACAGACACCGUUGUAUGCAGUAUGUAGUAUUAUUAAAUAUUUCUUCAGAAGAGCUAAAAAUGUUUGAGAGUGAGAACAGACACAGUCCUUUAAAGCAAAUACCACUUAAGUUUUUAGCAUCUAAGUAGAGCCAAAAUGUUUGUUGUGCAAUCCCGAAUUAAAAUCAAAAGAAGUUUCGCCAGGACUAUAGAAAAUGUAACAUAAAUUGCCGAGGCGUCGAGGACCGAUAGCCACUAGAUCGUAAGGCUUAGAAAAGUAAUGGCGGAGAUGAUCUUUAAGGACGUACUGCAUUUGCCGUAGUUUUACGAAAUUUUCUGCAUGUUUAGUGCGUAAAUUGUAAUUUUAGCUAAAUGUGCAACGGAAAUCCGAGAAAAGGAGGAAACUAGGAAACAAAAACUUUACGUGUGCUUUCAGUGUUGUGUAAUAUGAAAAACGGAAACAAACCGGAAAAAAUAAGCGAAAAAACCAAAUACUAGUAACUGUUAAAUGCUAAAUGAAACUAAACCGCUUUGCCAACUCACACACACACACACACACACUGAGCAACACAUAGUAGCACCAACACGCAGGCACCCACUUAUACACUCGCACACUUAAGCCUGGACGGCUACUUAAUGCUUCAAAAAGUGCAACAAAUUGAAACUUGUGCUUGUCGAAGCAUGUGAUUGUGAGUGCUCCACUAUAAGCUGCUAUGCUAUAGUAUACAUGUUUACGAGGCUGUGUGUGUGUGUGUGCGAGCUGGUACUCUUUUCUACUACAUACGAAUAUGUACCAUACUUUAACGGCCAUGUUUGCGAAACCUAUUGCCUUUAAGCUUUAAAAUAUAAGCACAACUCAACGCAGGCAAGCAAGUCAAAAGCUUCGAGCGAUGGCCAUUGGCACUGAACAGCAGUUUGAUGACAGGCGAGCAUUAAAGUUAAUUAUUUAACGAGCUGUUUAAAGCAAACAAACAUGAUUUCAUGUCUCUUAAAGCCGAUUUACUGUUCCUAGCACUCUGCAUGGUCACAUGGCACCCCAGGCGCGCUUCUCUUGAAGGCUUGGUCACACUGCUAUUUAGGUUAUAUGGAAAGCGUGAUAAUCUUGUGGAAUAAGUGCUAGAGACAUGCUGACUAGUGCCACUGGCCAUUUAGCCGACUCGUCCAAACCGAGUUUGCGAACUCUAGGCUAAUCUAAGGAACUAAGCCCCUAACUCUCUCUCUCUAUCUUUCUCUCACUAACUCAACCCACUGACCCACUCGUGCUACGGCUCUAUCCCUCUUAUUCACUCACUUUGAGCAUGAUACGCAACGUAUAUCAACAAUUCGUCCAAUGAUUGGAGUCUUUUGGCGCCACAAAUUGCCACGUGUCAAGUUGGCAAGGCCGGAGCUCCAAUUGCCAAAAACCCUAAGUGUUAAAAAACAAUGAAACCAAACGUAAAGGAAACCAAAGCUAAGUCAAAACUCAACGUAGGCUAAGCAUAGUUUAAAAAUCCAUAUUUACAAGCUAGAAUAUGAAUCUAUAUAUAUUAUAUAUAUAUCUAUAUAUUUGUGUGUAGGCUGAACCUUUUGCGUAUAUGUAUAUCUGUGUAUUUGUAUAACUGUAUUGCGAUUGCAUAUACACUAACAUUUUUGCCGUAGUUCGCAUAGCUCGCUUUUAGGCGCUUUUACACGCAAGCGAAUAAGGCCUAAACCUCUUAACUCCCUUUUUUCGCUUCACUCAGAUGCCCCUGCCACUCUGCCCCAAAACUUAUCGAUAUUUAAGUAUCAGGUACCUGCCACAAUCAACACGAAAACCAAGUAAACAGAAAAACUCGAGUAUACAUAACUAUUUAUUGAACAAUUACGUCUGUGCAAAUAUUUGUGUCCAUUUUAAUUAGAGAGAAAACAAAGAUGUCCAGAUAUCCAGAGAAGCAUGUUAUUUUUUAGGAUCACUGGUAACGAAACACUCUGAACACCCCGACUACCCGCAAAUCGAUGUCGUACACCCGAGUUGUAUAAAUGUUUAUUAGGGAUUCCCGCUCUCUGUGUGUA